AUGAUUAGGCAUCGAACAUUGAAGUCAACGGGAGAGAAAUGGAGAAAUUGGAAAUGUAGUUUAAAAGCAAAGUACUAUGAUGAGACAAAGACAACAUCACAGAUAGUAGCUACUGCGCCUUUAACAGUUAACCGUGAGCACUAUGCUGACCUUGUCGCGUAUUGGUUUUCAAAGGAAGGACAGGAACUUAGUACAACCAAUAAGGAAAGCCGGCGAGAGCAAACAAGUGCACAUACAGCAGGAUCUAAAACUUAUGCACAACAUGCAUAUGAUAUGGAGCAAAAAGAUAAGAUUGCACUAGAUCGAGCAAAAUUAUAUAUACCGCUUCACAAAAGGAAGGAUGGGACACCAGUCAAUGAAGCAGCAGCUGCAAAAAUUGAAAAACUAGAAGCUUUGAUGAGCUCACAACCAAGUAGCUCCAAAGGAAAUGUUAGUGGCCGUAUAUCUUGGUCACCAAAUGAUAUUUAUUCUCAAGUGAUGGGUAAAGAGCAUCAUGGUCGUGUUCGAGGUUUAGGAUUUGGGCCUACUCCUUCCAAGCAUGGCUUCAUAUGUAAUACUUUUGACCACUUAAGAAUGGUUUCUGAUGAAGAGAGAAUAAGAGACAAAGACACUAUAAUUGAGUUGAAGAAACAACUAAAAACUCAAGGUGAUCAGUUGCAAACUCAAGGUAUUCAGUUGCAAGCUCAAGAUACUAUAAUAAACUCUUUAAAAGAGCAAGGUGACACUCGCCCAUAUAGGGGCUAUGGGGCCAUAACGGCCAGAGAUUGGUACGACAAGCUCCCUACCGGAGUACGAGCUAUUAUAGAGGAUGCAGGCUUCGGCCUAUUUUGCUCUGGAUUGCCACGAGUCAUAGCGAGAUGUCCACUUCUUGGAGCUCUAGUGGAGAGAUGGUGGGACACCCCAACUCUCUCCACCUUUCCAUCACUGGAGAGAUGA